UUCAAAAGGUAUUUUGGUUUAAUUGAAAAUUUAUUUUUUGACAAGUUCGUCAAUGCUUCCGGUUCACGGAUGAAUGGUUCGUUUUGUUCUGUCAUACCUGCAUGUGAAGAAUGGAAAUAGCCUUAGUAUGGACAAAUUAAAACUCCCAGAGGAACCGGAUAAAGAAGUGCAAGUUACUUCUAAACGAUGGAUGUUUCACUAAUGUUACUGGUGUCAGUUCUCUGUAUCUUGAGUCCUGUUCAUUCAGAGGAGUGUGAGCUUACUUGCCACAAUGGUGGUACAGUGGGUGAGAGGUGCAUGGCAUGUUACUGUACCAGAGAACACAAAGGACGCCUGUGUGAACUGGAUGAGGUGAUGCUCACCUUUGUCGUGGAUUCUCCUCUCUUGAUUUCGGGUCUGGCCUUCGAUAUGACGUGUAAGAUUACCAACGCCCGUGGUUUCGGUCUUACGAAGAGUGACGUGCAGUUCAAGUUAAUAUAUGGCGAUAUACUACCCGUCUAUUUCUGGCAGAAGGGCUCGAAAUGUACAGUACAUGUAAAAGUGCAGGGAUAUAUAGCCAAAUGCGGGACGGGGACGGACGACGUCAGCUCGGAUGUUAAGAUUUACACUGUGCAAAUCAGCAGGGCAAGAAAAGAUCAUGCCAAUGACUGGACUUGUUUCAUUUUGUAUCCAAUUAUUCCGCAAUCAAGCACUAUGCAUAUGAGACCGGCUGCUCUCAAGUUGACCAUGUCAGCGAAAUCCAAAUAUUCUGUGAGAGAUAAGCUAUUUAUUCUGACUUGUAAGCUGGAACACCCUUAUUCUGGUGUUGUUAGAGGUACAAUUAAGAUUUUGAGGGAAACCGACGUCUUCGGCUCACUGCUGCAACACGGCUCGAACUGCUCAGUACUCAGCAGUACAUCUAAAGGCUAUAAACCCAAAUGCGGGCAGGGAACGGACCAAGUCCGGUCACUUGUUAAAAUCUACAUUAUGGAGAUCGUACGUCUAGCAUUCAAUGAUGUAACAGACUGGUUUUGUUGUAUAGAAGAAGGUGACAAAAGCAACAAAUUUACUAUGCCCCCUACUUGCAAACUACCUUGUGAAAAUGACGGAACUUUUAACGAUGCAUGUGACAAGUGUAAUUGCGUUGGAAAUUGGAACGGAAGUACAUGUCGAGAAUGUGGAUUAACUUGUUUGAAUGGUGGUACACCGCUUGCAACGUGCUCUGGAUGCAUCUGCUCUUCAGGAUUCAUAGGACCCGCAUGCGGGGAAUGUGGAAUAACUUGUUCGAAUGGUGGUACACUGCUUGAAAAUUGCACUGAAUGCAUCUGCCCUUCAGGAUUCAAAGGACCCACAUGCGGUCAGUCUGAGGAUGAGGAAUCUUCUGGUCCUGGUCUGGUAUUGAUCGUAAUAAUCUGUUUCGUGUGUCUUUUCUUACUCCUGUUGAUCAUCAUCAUCAUCAUCAUAUUUUGGAGAACACGUCGACAACGACCUGCACCCGUGGACAGGACCUUGGUUCCACAAAUUAUUGAACCAUCUACAGUCAGCCAGACAAAUGUGUUAUUUGGUGAUGCAAGAAGCAAACGGCGAGUAUCUAAGUCAUCUUCCAGAGAAGGGCGGAGACCCAGCACUUCAAAGAAAGGAAGUGAUAAAUUCUCAAAAAAACGGAGUCAUAAGUCCCGAGUGGGACAGAAUGACAAGUUCUCAGGAAGACGGACUCAUAAAUUCCCACAGGGACACCGACACAAAUCCUUGGAAGAACAGUGAAAAAGAGAUCCUUUAAUUACGUGUAAAUCACGUGUUAAUCUUUUCAUUACUUGAUGAUCGUAAUGUUCUAUAAUGCAAAUUUAAUGGUGAGGGUAUAAAUAAAGUGCAAAGAUGGAAAGAUGUUUAGCAAUAGAUAUAUUUUACGAUGAUAAAAUUCACUUGUUAAAUCGCUUGGAGAACAUUGUAAUCUGUUUUAGAAAUGCUUUUUAAUUCCUGCGAAAUAUAGCGUGAAGUGAA